CGGCAGCUUGAUGCUGCUAGCAAAACUUGAGAAUGGACUCAAGAGACAAUUCCGUUAGUUUGACGAGGAAAGAACAAGAGCGUCCAUGACUUGACGACGUCUAACAACUCCUUCACAACUUUAUUGGCAGCAAUGUCGAGAGAAAACACCACGCGGAGUUUGGACAGCAUCGACCUCGCUGCACUGAGAGAUCCAGCAGGUAUCUUUGAAUUGGUAGAGGUGGUAGGCAAUGGAACCUACGGUCAGGUGUACAAGGGUCGUCAUGUCAAAACAGGUCAAAUGGCAGCUAUCAAAGUCAUGGAAGUCACAGAGGAGGAAGAAGAGGAAAUAAAGCUGGAGAUCAACAUGUUAAAGAGCUAUUCCCACCAUAGAAAUAUUGCUACUUAUUAUGGAGCUUUUGUUAAGAAAGGUCCUGCUGGACAGGACCAUCAGUUAUGGCUGGUGAUGGAGUACUGUGGAGCAGGCUCUGUGACAGACUUGGUGAAAAAGACAAAGGGUAACUGUCUGAAAGAAGACUGGAUCGCUUACAUCUGCCGAGAGGUGCUCAGGGGUCUUUCCCAUCUCCAUUCCCAUCAUGUGAUUCACAGGGACAUUAAGGGACAGAAUGUUUUGCUUACAGACAAUGCCGAAGUCAAACUUGUUGAUUUUGGGGUUUCGGCACAGUUGGACAAGACCAUUGGUCGAAGGAACACCUUCAUUGGUACUCCCUAUUGGAUGGCUCCAGAGGUCAUUGCCUGUGAUGAAAAUACCGAAGCCACAUAUGACUACAGGAGUGACCUCUGGUCUUUAGGCAUCACUGCUUUAGAGAUGGCAGAAGGAGCCCCUCCUCUGUGUGAUAUGCACCCAAUGAGAGCUCUAUUUCUGAUUCCAAGGAACCCUCCACCCAGACUGAAAUCAAAGAAAUGGUCCAAGCGCUUUUUGUCGUUCAUUGAUAGCUGUCUAGUUAAGAAUCAUCUGCACAGACCCACAACCGAUGCCUUACUUAGGCAUGCCUUCAUUCGAGAUUUGACUAAUGAGAGACAAGUGCGGAUCAUGCUCAAAGAUCACCUUGACAGAACCAGGAAGAAGAAAGAGAAAGAGGGCCCAGAGUAUGAGUACAGUGGUAGUGAAGAGGAAGAAGACGAAGUCACAGAGGAGGAAGGAGAACCCAGCUCUAUAGUUAAUGUUCCUGGCGAAUGGACAUUACGACGAGAGUUCCUGCGUUUACAGACAGAGGAUCGAGAGGAGGGUCGGCAGAGGGGUAACAAAGUUGGUGCGGCUCAGCAAAGACAACAGGCUGUGCAGCAAUUAGCAGAGCAGGAACGAUACAAGCAGCAGUUACUAGCUGAUAGACAGAGGAGAAUCCAACAACAACAUGAACAACGGCAAAUGUUAGAGGAUCAACAGAGACGGCAACUGUCAGAUGCUGCCUUUCAGUGGGCGGAGCUUCAAGAGAUUAUUCUUGGCGAGGAAUCUGAUCUCCAAGACAACAGAAUCCUAAAAGAUGACAGAUAUCAGAACAAUGACAGGAAAAAGGACCAUGCAAAAAGACAGUGGAAUGCUGAUGUUUCCAUAAGGCCUCUCAAUUCAGAGCAGAGAGCUGCGGCUUCAAACCCGCUGCUUCAGCUUAAGGCCAAACAGCCUCGUCCGUCACAAGCCAAGUCCCAGCCUCUGAGCCAGCAUCAGCAGCCCCCAGCCGUCAGGAGAUCCCACCGCACCCUGCCUAAAGACCAAACGCAGCUCCUGUCCCUGCAGCAUGACCACAGACACAGGGAGCGAGAGAGGGAGAGGCAUAGAGAAAAGCCAGACAUGCCUAUCCAAAACGUAAUGGCUAACAGUGGGAACACAACUGCCGCUUCUGCCGCUGCUUCCUCGCCCUGCCACCGUGCAAACUGCAAGCGCUCAGCGAUGGAUUACGGGGACUCAAAUAUAGCCAGGAUGCUUAUUGCUGCUGGCCUUCCUAGUCAGAUGCACUCAAGACUAGGCUCUGGGAGCAACUCUAGUCCUUGUACCCCUGCCAUGCAGAGAGCUCACCUAAACCAGAAUGCCAAUCUGUGUUCUAGUCGAGGUGUCACCCACAGCAGCUCCAUGUCAAAUAUGGAUAUCUUGCCUUUGUCGCCCUUCUCACCGACCUCAACCACUGAUGAUGUAUUCUGGGACUCUGAAACUCCACCUAAGGUCCCGGAACGAACUUCCUCUAAGUUCUACUGCAGAGAGCUGGUGAAAGAACACAAGAGGGCUGCGUCUAGUGGUAGUCCGGUGCUCACGACAGAUAAAAGUUCAAGGUCUGUUUCUCAUGAUGUGACCUCUGUCAGCAGUAACCAUUCAGAUUACUUCAUGCAAGAGAGUCCACGUGUGCAGCACCAUCGACAGCAGCACAGACGGCAUCAGGAUGACAUCUACAGCAGACAAUCACAACAGGGUGUCAAGUCUGCUCUCAGCCCAUUCAACAAGGCCACGGAAUACUCUUCCUCCAGUGAUGAGUUCGGAAGCAGCGAUGAUGAAGAAAAGAACAGUUGCGGCCUCUCCAACGGAAAAAGAGAGAAACAUUGCAAACAAAUAACCGAUGGCAUUGUGCUGCAACCUCAUCACAACCUUAACCAGAGUUGUCAGAUGACAUCAAAUGAUACCUACAUGCUACCAGACCUUCUGCAGAAAAUAUCUUCAUCGGGUCCUCACAACGCACUGAGCCAGCUGCAGCGAAUGCAAGAGCGCAGUUUCUCACAAUCACCGACAGCACCACGAUCCCCUACACACCAGGAACUGCAUGCUUUUAGCAGUCCAACUGGCAAAAACACCUCAUCUUCCUCCUCCUCCUCCUUCUUCUCCUUCAUUGAUCCCAGAUUGAUCCCUAUAUCUUCACCGCCACAGAGCCCCACAUGCAGUAAGGGUGAGCCAAUCAAGAGAGAGAACCACAGGAAGGGAUCUGUCGUGAAUGUGAAUCCCACUAAUAUUCGACCACAAAGUGACUCUCCUGAGAUCCGCAAAUACAAGAAGAAAUUCAAUGCUGAGGUUCUCAGUGCUGGAUUAUGGGGUGUGAAUCUGUUGGUUGGGACAGAGAACGGUCUCUGGCUGCUUGACAGAAGCGGUCAGGGGAAAGUCUACUCACUCAUUAGCAGAAGAAGGUUUCAGCAGAUGGAUGUGCUGGAAGGACUGAAUGUGCUGAUUACUAUAUCAGGUAAAAAGAACAAGCUCCGCUUGUACUACCUGUCUUGGUUGAGAAAUAAAAUCCUCAGGAAUGAGCCGGAAGUGGAGAAGAGGCAAGGUUGGACAUCUGUUGCUGAUCUGGAAGGUUGUGUACACUACAAAGUGGUGCGAUAUGAGAAGAUCAAGUUUUUAGUAAUUGCUCUGAAGAAUGCAGUCGAGGUUUAUGCCUGGGCGCCCAAACCCUACCAUAAGUUCAUGGCCUUUAAGUCUUUCAGAUCUUUGCCACAGAAGCCGUUGUCUGUUGACCUGACCGUGGAGGAAGGUCAAAGGUUAAAGGUCAUUUAUGGCUCUUCGUUUGGUUUUCAUGCCAUUGAUGUCGACUCUGGAACCCCAUACGACCUGUAUCUGCCUACACAUAUCCCGGGUACCAUCCAUCCCCAUGCCAUCAUUAUUUUGCCGAACAGUGCCGGUACAGAGGUUCUUGUUUGCUAUGAAGACGAAGGCGUCUACAUUGACACCUAUGGCCGCAUCACCAAGGAUACGGUUUUGCAAUGGGGAGAGAUGCCCGCAUCUGUCGCCUACCUGCAGUCCAACCAGGUGAUGGGUUGGGGAGAGAAGGCUAUUGAGCUCAGGUCUGCCAACACAGGAAACCUGGAGGGAGUUUUCAUGCACAAAAAGGCUCAGAAACUCAAGUUCUUGUGUGAAAGAAAUGAUAAGGUCUUCUUUGCGUCAGUGCAGUCAGGAGGCAGCAGUCAGAUUUACUUCAUGACGUUGGGUCAGAACUCUCUGUUCAACUGGUGACAGGUGGACCUGUGACACAGGCAUCAGCUGCUUGUGCCGGCUGUCAUCAUCCUCGAUGUUUCACACUUGUCCUGACGGUUUGUCACACCUUACGGAUGUGAGACGAGGCAAAGAACACACACUGACAGCGUCUUGGAGCUAAUCUUCUUUGGACCUUAUCUGGCCCAAAGACUCAGUCCUACGCCUUCACUGGAUUUGUUUUUUCUCGCCUUUCCACACAGUUCUGCAUGCGGCUCAUCUUGUGUGGAUUAUCUGUCACCGUCCCUCACAGGAGUUCAAAGUUUCUGCUACUGAAGGAGUAAAAGCUGGACAAAUAGAAACAUUAUCCAUGCACUUCACAGACAAGUCAGUGUUGAGAAAUGAAUACCUUAGGAUGGAUUAGCAGGUUUUACAUUGAGCCUUUUUAAUAUCCCUUCAUUUUUCUGGGUCGCUUGUCAACAUUUAGAAUUGCUGGAACUAUUCACAGACAAAGCUCAUUAUUAACUGUCAAACUCCAUAUUCUUUCUAAAACAGUGGUACCUCGGUUCCUUUUGGAAAUCCUUCAGGCGAAAAUCCAAUGUUUCAUUUCAGACACCCCAAAAUAUUAACAAAAAAUAUAUUUUAUAAAUAAUAAUUACAUGAAAAAGGAAAGUGAAAGACAUAUAAAUGAUGAAUGAAAUAGAUAAAUGAAUAUUUAUCAUCACUUUUACCUUUACUUGUGGGCAAAGAUGGCGUUGAGCGAAGAGGGUCUAAAGGAGGAUAGCCAAGCUUUGUACAAUGCUACAAGUUAUUUUAUCUUCUUUCUCAAAGUGCUGGCAGAGAUUCUCUGAUUGGGGAUUUAAUUCCACAUAAAAAAUGUGCGCGCAAACAGACUAUUUUUACACAUGAUGGGUCUGAUCUACUAAAGGUCUGUGCGUAUUCAAACUAUGGCUGUCAAAUUGGUGAUUAAUCACAAAAAAUAUUGCAUUAAUAAAAAUAAAUUAAUCACGCAAUCUAUUUUUUUCCUUCUGCACUUGCUGCUUUACCUCAAUCGUGGAUGAGUACCUGAAAGGUGGCGUGAGUUGUUAUACGGCCAGUGAUCAGGUCAGUGCAUACGUCAGUGCAAAGACUGGUGUGUGGACCUUAGAUAAAACUGUUUGCAAAUUAUGAGCAAAUAAAUGACGUACAUUCAAGUAAAACAUCCAUCCAUCCAUCCAUCCAUUUCCUACCGCUUAUUCCCUUCGGUGUCGCGGGUGUCUGUCUGACAUUCUGCAAACUUAAUUGCACAUGUAGAGCUGCUCUAAGCUCAUGUGAUCUAUUUAGUAAGUUUGUCUUCAUGUAUGUGCAGAAUGUAUGCUGAUUAUUAAAACGUAUACAAUACUGGGGGGGACGAGAUGCAAAUAAAAUCAUUUAAAGCUCGCAAUAUGAUUUAUCAAGACUGGAGCUAUUAGCGGCCGCUGUUUUGUGUCUAUAUUCACUAUGUUCUGAAGGUAUGGGAAAACUGGCACAGUUACGCACAAACUGCUGUGAGAAGGAGGCGAUUGUUGGCCAAUGACAUAUUCAGAUUUGUUAUGUUGUCUGCUGGCUUUUUUUUUUUAAUGCUGUUAAUGUUUUUCAUAAAAUAGAUAUUUUAUUAAUAUAUCUCUUUUUUUUUAAAUUCUGUAUUCGUUUUUUUAUUAAUCAAUCAACAAAACAAUACACAACAAUACCACAACAAUGCAAUCCAAUUCCAAAACCAAACCCGUCCCACCAAUGUUAGGAAUAACAACAAACAGAGCAAUUGAGAGCAAUUGAGGACACACAAACAUGACACGGAACAAUACAAAUGUAGUGAAACAAAAAUGAACAUUAUCGACAACAGCAUCAAUAUUAGUAAUAAUUUCAAAAUAGCAGUGAUUAAAAAAAAACAACCCUCACUGAUAUUAUCAUUAAAAACAUUAAUAAAAAAUAAUUUUAAAAAUUAGAAAUGAACAAUAUUGUCACAGUGGCCCACACCUGCAUCACAUCUCACAAGCUUGACAACACACUGUGUCCAAUAUUUUCCACAAUGAUAUAAUAAGUCAUAUUUUGGUUCAUUUAAUAGUUGAAACAAAUUUAAAUAAUGGAUCCCAUAUUCCAAUAUAUAACUCAUUAUUAUCUAAACUAAAUGCAGUUUGUUCUACUGAUAUCAUCUCCAUAGCUUGUGUGUACCAGUCAGUAUGAGUUGGACUAUCAACAGCUAUCCAUUUUUUAAAUAUUACCCUUUUUGUUAUUAUGCAUAUUGAAAGAAAAGCAUUUUUACUCUUUGAUGACACAUUACUAAAUUGAUGGAGAUCCCCAAGAAUACAAGUUUGCAGUGUCAUUGUGAUGUUUAUAUUAAGGAAUGUGAUUGCUUCUUUUGUUGUUUUCAACCAUAACUCUUUUAUUCUCUGACAUUCCCACAAUAAAUGAACAAGAGUUCCCUCAGCUGCCCGACACUUCAUACAUAACUUGCUAUCUACUACACCAAUUUUAAACAGCUGAGAAGAUGUAAAAUACAAUCUAUUCAAUAUCUUAAAUUGAGUCAGUUUAUCUUUAAUGCUUCUAAAGGGCUUAUUGGCAUUUUUCCAAAUAUCAUUCCAUGAUAUGUCUCUUUCAUCGAAAAUGUUUAAGUCCAACAUCCAUUUCCGAACACAUGCAUCAUUUGCAUUUCUAGUGUGGUGUUCAUUUAUUAUUCCAUAAAAUAGUUUAAUUAAUUUCUUAAUUGUAUCUUGAUUAAAAAGUGCAUCUUCCAGUUCAUGGCUAUAUAUGCAUUUAUUUACAGCGUGUUUUAAUGAGAUAAAAUUUAAAAAAUGAUUUCUGGGUACAUUAUAUUGUUCAACUAAAUCAUUGAACGGUUUAAAAGAGUUUUUAUUAAUAAUAUGAUGAGGUUUAGUAAUACCUCUGUCUUUCCAUGUUGUCCAUUUAACCACAUGUUUAUUAAUUAUGAUAUUAGGAUUGUACCAAAGCGGUUGAUUUACAGAUGUCAUUGGGUUGAUUCCUAGUAUUUUCUGGCACAGUUUUAGAAUGUUAAAGGUGGCUUCUAUUGGGCUCUGCCUCAAUUCAUUAGGUAUUUUUUUAAUAUAAUAUAAGCUCCCCACAUCAAUGUCCAAAUUCAUUAACAUAUUUUUUUCUAUGUUGAUCCAAUCUUUAUCUGCAGAAGAAUGAAAUAAGUAGCUUGCUUGUUCACAACCGAAGGAGAUAUAAUAAUGUAAUAAGUUUGGUAAUUGUAGUCCUCCUUUAUCCUGUGUACAAGACAACCUUAAGUAUGAGCAUCUGGCCUUCUUUCCACACCAUAUAAAAUGUGAUAUCAUUGUAUGUAUUUUCUUAAACCAACUUUUAUUAAUUAGGACAGGCAUCAUUUUCAGUAUACUCAUUUUUACUAUGUUCACACGACCCCAAAGUGAUAUUUGGAGACGUGACCAGCGUUCCAUUUUGGAUUAUAUCUUAUUUUUUAAAUGUUUAAGAUUUAGAUCUCUACUUGCAUAAAGGUUUGGUGUAAUAUGUAGUCCUAGAUAUAUGAUUUCUGCCUCUUUCCAUUUAAUUUUGGAGUUGUGAUUUCUUGCAGUGUUUAUUAAGUGGUAAUAUUUCACAUUUGUCCCAAUUGACUUUAUACCCUGAUAAACAGCCAUAUUCAGUAAUGACAUUAUUGAUAUAGUGAAGAGAGGAGUUAACAUGUGACAGGUAGAGAAUUAUGUCGUCACAAUACAUCGACAGCUUAUUAUACUGAGAGCCAAUUUUUAUACAAUGAAUAUUAUUUUCACUUCUUAUUUUUGCAGCUAAGGGUUCAAUAACCAAAUUAAAUAAUAAUCCAGAUGCAGGACAUCCCUGUUUUACUCCUCUUUUUAACGAAAACGGUUCUGAAAUAUGAUUAUUGGUUUUGACUGAUGCCAUGGGUCUUGUAUAAAGCAUCUUAAUCCAUUGUAUAAAAUUAUCUCCAAAUCCAAAUUUACGUAAUGUGCAAAACAUAAAUGACCAGUUUAUGCGGUCGGAAGCCUUCUCCGCAUCAACAGUACAUACUGCUGUGGGAUAAGGGAGACUUCUAGCAUAGUAAAUAACAUUAAACAAUUUCCUUGUAUUGUCUGAAGAUUGUCGACCUACCAUGAAGCCAGUUUGGUCAGUAUGAAUUAAUUUUCCUAUUACAUUUGAUAAUCGUGUGGCUAAGAUUUUUGCCAAUAUUUUAUUGUCCAUAUUGGCUAGGGAUAAAGGACGAUAAUUACUGCAAUUCAAUGGGUCUUUAUCCUUUUUAUGUAUCAAUGAGUUAUGAGAAAAAUUGAAAGUUGGAGAAAACAAUUGUUUAUUAAAUGAAGAUUGGUACAUUUGUAAUAAUAGAGGAGACAAAUCUUCACUGAAUAUUUGAUAAAAUUCUGUAUUGUAGCCAUCAGGGCCAGGAGAUUUAUUUUUUGCAAAUGAAUUUAUAGCUUUUUGAAUUUCCAUUAAUUGUAUAGGUUCCUCCAGAAAUGUUAUGUCAUGCUCUGAUAAGGAUGGCAGUUGUAUUGCGUCUAAAUAUGACUGCAUAGCUUCUAUGCUACAAUCUUUCUCAGGCUUAUAUAAAUUUGUAUAAAAUGUUCUAAACGUUUCAUUGAUUUGCUUGGGAUCAACAGUAAUACUACCAUCUGAAAGUUUAAUAUUAGAUAUAUGAUUUCUAGUCAUCUGCUUAUUUAAUCUUAAAGCAAGGAGCUUUCCAGCUUGCUCGCCGUAUUCAUGAAACUUUAAUUUUGCCCUAUUAAUUUUAUAUUCAACCUUUUGCUUUAUUAUAUUAUCAUAUUCCAUUCUUUGUUUGCAAAGUUUGAUCCAUGUUUCCUGAUUGUACUGUUUAGACAAUGUGUCCUGCAAUUGUUUGAUUCCAUUCAAUAAUUCAUUUUCUUCAGCACGUUGUUUUUUAUUCUUAAAGCUUGCAAUCCUAAUAAGUUCUCCUCUUAAACAACAUUUAAGUGCUUCCCAUAUUGUGGAAAUGUCAGAGACAGAAUCCUGGUUAUUUUUAAUAAAAUCUGAAAUAAAUUCUUUAAUUCGUAAUUUAUUUUCCUCACUAUCCAAUAAAGAAAUAUUAAUUUUCCAUUGUUUGAAUUGGAAAGCGACAGAAGGAAAGCUUACGUCGAUUUGAAUUGGACUAUGAUCAGAAAUAAUUAUUGGGUGAAUUUUAGCCUGCACGUUUUCUACAAUUGCCUUAGGAACAAAGAACAUAUCCAUUCUUGAAAAUGACUGAUGUCUGUUUGAAUAAAAAGUGAAAUCCUUCUCAUGUGGAUUUAAGGUUCUCCAAAUAUCUAUUAGGUUAAGAGUUUGCAUUAUUUUCAGAAGAGAAAAAACAGAUUUCUUGGGUUUAACGAUCUUACCAGUUUUAUCAAUAUUUGGAUUUAUUGUUAAAUUUAGAUCUCCACCCAUAAUAAUAUCAGAAUCAACAUAAUCUGCCAAUUUGAGCUCCAUGUCACCAAAGAAAGAAGGUUUAUCAUCAUUGGGUGCAUAUAAGUUUACCAGUGUGAUAUUGUUAUUAUCUAUAUGGCAGUUAAUAAUCAUAUAUCUACCCUCUGGAUCUAAAAAUACACUAUUUAUAAUAUAGUUAAUCUUUUUGUUAAACAUUAUAGCAACACCAGAUCUUUUAGAGGACAGUCCAACACCAAUUAUCUCACCAACCCAUCCUUUUUUCAGAUAUUUUAAAUGUUCAGUUUUCAAAUGGGUUUCCUGUAGAAAAGCAAUAUCAGUAGAAAGAUUGUUUAGAUGCUCCAGAAUUUUUCUUUGUUUCACCUGUUCAUUUGCACCUUUUACAUUCCAAGAUAUAAUUCUCAAACAUUUUCUAGUCAUUGCAAUAUCUUAUGUUUGUGUUAACUGGUUUUCUUCCUUAUGUGACAAAAAUGAUCAAACAUAACAUUUAGUAAAUGUGUCCUCUCAAUAUAUAUUUUUCCUUGUCAAUCCCCCUACCUCCCCCCUCCCAUUGCUCUUUACCACAAAAUAAAAUAAUUUAAAUAGCAAAACAAACAUGCUUAAAGAAAGUAAAAUAAAUUAAAGAGAAAAAAAAAGAGAUCAUGGAAACAAGAUCAUAAAAGAAGGAGAAAACUAAAAAGUAUAACAGUAGAAGAUAGAAGAAUAAAAAACUAAGAGAUAAUCAAACUAAACUAAAUAAAUAUCACCAAUCGAUCAAGUAGUGGUAUAAAAAGGAAAAACAGAACAAGGCCAAUAAUACAUCCCCCUAUAAAAAAAUUUUUGGACAGAAAUGAAGAAAAAAGUACCUGAAAUAACUUCAUCGAGGUUUCUGGCGGUAUUAAACGUAUCCAUGACUACCUGUGCAUGCAUGACAUCAUCAUCUCGCGCCAUUGUUUGGGUGCGGUUACAAUGUUCUUUUCAGUCCGUUUGGAUUUUAUCACUCAACCAGUAUGUAAUACUGGCAUUUCUAAAAAGAGUACCUUCGAUGUAGAGUUUGUCCACAAUUAGACGGGUUCGUUUGUUGUUCUUUUUAGCCUCAUUCAUUAUUGGAUACAACAGUCGUCUUCUCUUGAGUAUCUCGGCUGGAAACUGGUUACUAAUGGAGAAGGUCGUUCCCUUGAGUUCUUUUCCACGCUCCAUUACCAUGGAUUUACUCUUUGGGUCAACAAACUGUGCAACAAUUGGGCGACAUACCUUCUCUCCCCCAGAAUGUCGUUUUUUCCCAAUACGAUGAACACGUCCAAAGCCGAUGUUCCUCGCUGUUGCGCCCUCCAUCCAUCCAUCAAUAUAUCUCUUUAAUGAAUGGAAAACGUAUUGCAACAUGCAUUUUCUUGUGACUGCAUUACUCCAGCACACCAUCACAGUUCUUGCUGGUGUUUUUGGCCCAACACUCGUGUCUCCCAGAGCACACCUUCAGCAUACUAAAACGUAGGUUUAAUUGAAGAUCGCACUGGAGGAGCUUCUUGUAGCCCAGUAAAGAUGGUGACACAUUAUGCAUGUUCCACAACAUAGCAAAACAACAAAGGUUGGCGCAUGAUGCCUGUAAAUGGGUGUCUCCAUGGUGACAGCCGGUAGUACAUGCAAAAUCCUCAUUUACUUUAAACGAGGCGGUCUGCACCACGUUUACUCGUGUUAUCAAUUGUACACACAGUCUUAGUAGAUCAAAUGCAACACGCUUACUAAUAGUAUGCGCAUUUAAUAGUUUGCACACGCUGUUUAGCACUUACUAUGUCAGGCCCUAAGUUUUGGCCAUAACCUAGAGGCGGUAAAUGAAAAUGACCUAUUUGGUUGAAAACCGCUGCGAUGAGGUGACGACUUGUCCAGGGUGUACCCCGCCUUCCGCCCGUUUGCAGCUGAGAUAGGCUUCAGCACCCCCCCGCGACCCUGUAAGGGACAAGCGGUAGAAAAUGGAUGGGUUGAAAACCAAGGUAACACUGUAGAUAAUUACAUUAAUUUCUCACUUUGAGUGAGGUAACGUCAACCUAUUUCUUUAUUCAUGUGUUCUCUGCCAAUGUUACUAAUUUAAAUAUGACAUUUGCAACGACAAAAAGUGUUCAUAGCCAAAAAAAUGUGGGGUCUGUUCAUUCCAUACCUUGUAUUAAACUCUCUCAGCAGGACAAGUUAAAAAUGUUUCAAUUUGUCCAAUCUUAUUUUUAAGUUUUUUUAUUCCUAUGUUGAUCGUAUUCAAUGAAUUAUUCUGAACUUUUUUAAAGACCCAAGCAGUCAACACUCAAAUCAGUCAUGGAGGACAAACAAAGCACACUUCCACACAUUGAGUGGAUAAUAUUUCCAGGCCUUAUGCAUGUUUUGUACAGAUUAAAGAUGUAUAGUUUAUGAUUUUUUUAUGCUUUUCUAAAUUGUAAAAAUGACACCAAAUGUCAUACUUAUAUUAUUUGUGUUCAAAAUUAAUUUGUAGAGGUUGGAAGGUAUAUCUGACUUUCUGUUCUAUAAUUGACUGGAUGAUCUUAAGUUUGAACAUCCACACUGAAGCCUGAAAAAGAAAAAUAUCUAAUUUGAAAGUGACCUUCUAAUGUGGGAAAAUCAUAUUCUUCAUUUCUCACUCAAACAAAUCAAUGAUGUGUGUAACACUCCUCCAUGUUUUGAGUUGUGUUGUUUUCAGAAAAAUGUGCCAAAUGUUUUUCACGACCAGUUUUUUAUUGUUUUGUUUUAUUCCAGCUGGUUAUAUGAGAAUGUUUGACACUGGAAAAGAGGAGUGUUGCUCUGUUCGCUUCCAGAGGUUGACAUGCUAAGAUUGAUAUUCUAGACUGAAUGGAAGUUGACACACAGCAUAUCCAUAAAGACUUGUUUGUCAUACAGUCAAGCUGUACAACAAUUGUCAUACAAUAUAUGGACAUUAUGUCAUGGGACACAUUUCUUCAUUUGCCAUUUUUGGCAGCAAACUUUCCUGUGACGUUUCAUCAUUUUGAAGCUGUAACAAAAAAUGUAUCACUGCUUUAGUCCAUGAUGCAUGAUGAUCACGUCUCCUUCCUCCACAUCUAAUGCGCUCCCUCCUCCACCUUCACUUUCAUCUUCCUCAAGCUCACAUUCUUCUUGUCUUUGUUCCCACGUCUUGUUCCCCCCCAAACCAGCUGUGGAAGUGUGCUGUUGCAUCUCUCAGCUUCUGUUAGUACUAAGAAUGCAGUCUCUCCUCUUUGCGUCAUAGAAACAAUGUUGAUAUUUUUCAGAAUGUUGACCGUUAUCCACCAGAAUACACAAGUUACACAUUAACAUUGGGUUUUGAUGUACAGUAUCUCGACUUUCUUCCAAAGCUGCAUUCCCUGCACAGUGUUGUAUUGUGGAGCCAUGUGAGCGAUGUACGUGGGAAAGAAAAGAUGGAAGUUGUUUGUUGGCUGUGGGUUUAGUUACCAGAAAAGACCGUGAAUGUUGUGUUAAGAUGCUCACAAACAAAUCGGACAUUUUUUUUAUAUAAAAUUAAGAACUAGUGCAGCAAACUGGAUUAUCACUUUGAUUUUAUACAAAAUAAUGAUGGCAGUUGUGAAUAAGCCUUAAAGUGACCAAGUAGAUUGUGUUGGGUUUUUUUACUUUUACUGUAAAAACAAAUGUUUUUCUUCACCCAGACAGGCAAUUGUGAUUAUUAUGUAAAAAAGAAUACACAUUUACUGUAAGAGCAUACAGUAUAUUCUCCUUACUUUGUUUAUUUUUGCACUGGAUCUGCAUGUGAUUGCUUGGAAGUAACAACAUGCUGAUGCGU